AUGAUUAUAAAGAUCCACUUUCGCAAAACCCUAGUUUUUGUUCUCGCCUCCGCGUUCCAGCAGCAGAUCAGACAAAUCGAAGAAAAGGUAAUGUCUCCAAAGCAGCCAAAUACUGGCUUAUUUGUUGGCCUGAACAAAGGCCAUGUUGUGACCCCGAAGGAAUUAGCUCCCCGCCCCUCGGCUAGGAAAGGGAAAACGAGCAAGAGAGUGCACUUUGCAAGGAGCCUUAUUCGGGAAGUUGCUGGAUUUGCACCAUAUGAGAAGAGAAUUACUGAGUUGCUUAAAGUUGGCAAGGACAAGCGUGCUUUGAAGGUGGCAAAGAGAAAGUUGGGCACUCACAAGAGGGCCAAGAAGAAGAGAGAGGAAAUGUCUAGCGUUCUCCGGAAAAUGAGGGCUGCUGGAGGUGGCGAAAAGAAGAAGUGA